AUGGCGUUUCAAAUAUCGAUCGGCGAUGUAUUAAUGCUGUCAAAGCUMGCCUGGGAUAUCUUGCAGGCGUUCACAUCCGGCAGGAAGUCGGCACCUGCGGAGUUCCAGGAAGUGCAGAAUCAGCUCAGCUCGCUCACCCAUGCACUAGAAUCACUGAAAUCACUGUCGAGGGAGUCCCUAGGUGAGGAAGAUGGGGGCUCAGUUAGCAGUAUCGCGCCGAUCCUACAGAACUGCCGCUUCACUCUGGAACACCUCGAGGAUCUCGUAAAGAAGUACAUGAUUAUUGAGAAUGACGGAUCAGGUAGAGUAGAGAAAAAGCGAUGGCGAGACGAAAUUCGGAAGAACUGGAAGAAGGUGCGGUGGACAAGGGAAGGAGGUGAUCUGACGAGGCUGCAGCAGAAUCUCGGAGUCCACAUCAACAGCCUCAACCUUACAAUCGCAGUACUAAACAGCGAAAUCAAUCAAAACAUGGGCCAGCGGGUAGAGGACGUUCACGGAAUGCUGGGAGAGAUCUAUACCUGGUUCAUCAGCAAUUUGAAAAGCCAAAGGAUGAGUCCCUAUGAGCCUUCCUCGAAACCACAAGAGCGACCACUGGAGCUGUCUUUCUCACUGCACCUGGCAGACUCUGAACCAUUUGACACUGCUGCUCUAUGCGACAAUGCGUCUUUUAAUCCGGACUGGCUCCAAAUUCCAGAACAGCCAGUCUUCAAGUGCAGUUGUCAGCUUCGACGCACUAGAUACGGGGACAUUCACGAUGAAGAGCUGAUGGAAUAUUACAUCAUGGAAAAUAUGGCUGUCCUCUGGCAGAACAUCCCGCCUUACCUGUCUUAUAAUCCGGAGUAUAACCCCAUCAAUUACUCGACUGGCCCUAUCGAAUCAGUCCAGCUAGUCCACCACCGGAAUUUGACUGGCGAUGGGGCGUGGGUUUUCAAUGAAACGGCAGAUGCUAUAUUGGUUGCUCGCUUAGAUACGCUCCCCGUUGACUCGACAGAGGACGAAGCAUUUGAAUUUACCAUCACUGGUGGGCUCCGGCAGCUCUGCGAUCUAGCGGGCAACAGAGCUAACCUUUCCCAGUGGGCAGUCAGACGAAUAUUACUAAUGGAGAAUCCGAGUUGGUCGUCCAUAUAUCCGAAGCGGACUGUCUUUCCAGAACAAAGUCUGGGCAAGAAAACAUGGUGA